CUAGAGCGAAUUGGUGGUCGUGGAUCUUCAGAGCGUACUUCAACGGGCAAAUGCGAUUGGCCAUGUAUCUGACCGAGAACUUGCCGUUCCUGGCGUUCUGGAACUUCGAUAUUUUCAGGUAAACAGAGGAUCAGCUGAAGGGGGAGUCUAGCACAUAGUCCCAGAAAGCGGCAACUAUCGUUGAAUGUCGAGCAACGAGAGCAGCCCGACUAGCAACGUGGUAUUUAAAAGGAACGCACGGCUCCCGUGCAACUGCGGAUGGGAAGUGAGAUUCGGUUACGGCGUAGCGGUCACACUGGCCAUCUUCGAGGCUAAGCGCUUCUUCGUGUUGAUCUUAGAGAUAUUCGCCGAAUGGCAGAUCAUUCGAUUCGCGGGUGGUCUGCGACCGGUCGUGUUCACCUUAGUGAACGUCAGCUUGGGCCUGCCUACUGCCCUGAUCACUGUACGUACCAUCAGAGCGCGGAAGGUGCCACGGUGCUGCGCGGAGACGAAACGAGUGCUGCGAUGCUUGCUGGUAAUAAUAGCGAUAUGCGCGGUAAUGAACGCCGCCACGUUGGCUUCGAUAGGAUAUCACAUGAGCGUCAGGGAGGACACCCUGGUCGACGUCUUCAACAGCUCCAUGCGUCUGUACGCUAGCGCUGUAUCGUACAAGUCCGCGAUCGACGAAAUACAGUUCAUCUUCCAAUGCUGCGGUCACUCCUCCUACGUAGACUGGUUCCUCUUCGACUGGCAGGGGGUGGACUACGCUUCCAGGGAGGAAAUGGCGGUCCAGAGUCCUGUGUCUGACGAGGAGUACAGAGAUCGAGGUGUUCCCUUCAGCUGCUGCAAUCUGCGCGCAAUGUCGCCGUGCGAGCACACGGAACUCCCGGAUGGCGAUGUCAGGACCAUAAACACGAACGGCUGCGCGAAAGUCGUCAGCCCCGUUCUUCUCAGGAUCGUCAUCGUGGCCUACGUCAUGACGAGCACGUUGGUGAUCAUUCAAGUCUUCUUAGCCUUUUUAAUCGCGAAGAUUACGCGCAGGCUUUUGUGCGGGACGUGUCACUCGUAUCAUCCUCCUGCGACCUUCGUCAACGAAUCCACCAGCGUGUCGUUGGAGGGUACAAGACAGAUGAUAAGCGGGCAACCGUUAUCGUUCUCGAUACAGCUCUGAAACGGAGGGAGGGAACACGAGCACAUCCCCCACGAACUGGGAUGCGCGACCC